AUGGCUUCGUCGAUCCCCAAAACCAUGAAGGCACUCGUCGCGCCGCGGUACUGCAAGCCGAAGGACUACGAGAUCCGGGAAAUACCUACCCCCACCAUUGAGAACCCAGACGAUGUACUCAUCAAGGUCCACGCCGCCGGGAUCCAAGCGGGCGAUACCCAGAUGGCAGGCGGCAUGGCGAAGCUCCUCGGCAAACUAGACUUCCCCAUCAAGAUGGCCAUCGAGGGCUCCGGCGUCGUGCAGGCCGUGGGCAGCGCCGUGACUACCCUCAAGCCCGGCGACGCCGUCUACGGCGCCGUGUUCAAGCGGCCCAUCAUCCCGCUCAAGCAGGUCGGCUUCGCGGCCGAGUACGUCGUCGCGGCGGAGCAGUUCCUCGUGCCCAAGCCGCCCGGCCUCUCCUUCGACGAGGCGGCGGGCCUCAUGGGUAACGCCGUCACGGCAUACCAGAACCUGCGGCGGGCGCUCGAGCUCGCUGGCGUCGAGGACACCUCCAUGGCCGGGCCUCUGCUCCGCGGCAAGAAGGUGUUCAUGCCGGCGGCGCUCAGCGGCACGGGCAACAUCGGCGCGCAGAUGAUCAAGAGGACCUUCAAGGCCGAUAGGCUCGUGUCGACCGUGUCGACGGCCAAGCUGCCGCUCGUGGACCGGCUCCUGCCGGGCGUGUGCGACAAGGUCAUCGACUACACCAAGGAGGACGUCGUGCGGGAGGCCGGCGGCGCGGGCGCCUUCGACGUCGUGUACAACACGCAGUGGGACCUGCCGGCCGCGGUGCCGCUGGCGAACCCCCGGACGGGCGUCAUCGUGUCCAUCGCGAGCGCGCCCUCGCCGGCGCUGUUCCGGGAGGUGCUGGGCCCGGCCAACACGCCGUUCUGGGUCGCGUGGGUGCUCGGCGCCGCGCAGUGGUACUACGCCUGGCUGCUGCGGGGCACGGCCGUCCGGUACGAGUUCCUGUCGGGCGACAUGGGCCGGCGGGAGGACGUCGAGGCCGUGGCGGCCGUCGCCGCGCGCGGGGACGUCAGGCCCGUCGUCCGGACGGUGCGGAUGGCGGACAUUGACGAGGUGCGGGCCCACUGCGAGCUGACGAGGGUGAGCAAGGGCGGCGUGGGCAAGCUGGUCAUCCAGGUCGUGUGA